AAAAAAACAAUACAGGAGAAUAACAGAAACUUGUGAAACGUGUCUGAUUUACACAGAUUCAUGUCUGUGGGAAACAGAGGGAGAAGAUAAGCUGAGUGUUAUCAGCGGGAGCCGAAAACAACAAUCAGCAAUUCAGCUUAAAGCUGAAGUGCCAGCUGAACGCCGCUGCACUAAGAAACAUGGAGAGAAUCACUUUGAACUCAUUUUGACAACGGUUUGGCUGUCACUGUCUGUUUAUAUUAAGUUAAGUUUUAAAAGCAGACACAGUAUGGAAACCUUGAAAAACCUUCCAACAAAUCUGCCCUGACAGCUCACAGCAUCUUUCUGUCCCUCCAAAACUUUCUCACAGCCCCGCAGACAAGGCGUUCAGGCCGCUGACGUCAGCAAUCUCAGGAGCUCUGCACCCCUGCUUUCUGUCUUCAGUGUUCUCAAAAGGGGGUCAGAGUUCAGACCUGUCACUGGGUCCCGUUUAUCACAGGGGAGGUUAUGUGAACGAGGCAGAAGGGUGGAGGGGUGGGGUGGCCGGUUGACCAAGGUUUGUUUUCAAGUGAUCACCUCAAGGAAAAGCUCCCAGCCAGUGUCAAUGGCCCAUGGGUGAGAGCAUGGUGAAGAGGUAUAAAAAGGACUUGAGGGACCAGAGAGCACAGAGAGAGAGAGAAAGUGGCAGCUUUUGCUAAAAAAACUGAUCCAAUAAACGUGGAAUAUUCAAACAAUCAGGAAAAACCCAGCAAUUACCUGUGAUUUUUUUUGGUGAUUUUGGAGCCUCAGUCAUCAGAGAAGUCGCCAUGGCAGUUCUCACCAACUACUGGAUGUGUUUACUUGCUCUUUCAUUGGCAGAGACCAUGGGCCACAGUCUGAGACGAAUCAGCCUGAAGAAGAUGCCGUCCAUCAGAGAGACCCUGCAGGAGUUGGGUGUUUCUGUAGAGCAGGUGUUGAGUGAGCUAAACCAGAAGAGUCCAAGAGACAACAACAACGGCACUGUUCCCACACCUCUAACCAAUUACUUGGAUACUCAGUACUUUGGUGAAAUCAGUAUUGGUUCUCCCGCCCAGCUGUUCAAUGUAGUGUUUGACACAGGCUCGGCCAACCUGUGGGUGCCCUCACAUAGCUGCUCACCCUUCUCCACUGCCUGCUUUACUCACAACAGGUACGAUGCCUCCGUAUCCUGGACUCAUGUGGAGAACGGGACGGGAUUUUCCAUCCAGUACGCCUCUGGAAAUGUCCGGGGAUUCCUGAGCGAGGACGUGGUCGUGGUUGGCGGUAUUCCUGUGGUGCAGGUAUUUGCUGAAGCCACCUCUCUCUCCGCCAUGCCAUUCAUCUUUGCCAAGUUUGACGGAGUCCUGGGGAUGGGUUACCCCAACUCGGCCAUCGACGGCAUCCCCCCGGUGUUUGAUGGCAUCAUGUCCCAGCAUGUCCUCAAGGAAGAGGUGUUCUCUGUCUACUACAGCAGAGAUCCAAAACACUCUCCUGGUGGAGAACUUGUGCUUGGUGGCACAGACCCGAACUACUACACUGGAAACUUUAACUAUAUGAACACUCGAGAGAUGGGCAAAUGGGAAGUGACCAUGAAAGGUGUUUCUGUCGGACCACAGAUGAUGUUUUGUGCAGAAGCCUGCACAGCUGUAAUUGACACAGGCUCCUCCUACAUCACCGGCCCGGCCUCCUCUGUGUCUGUGCUGAUGAAAACCAUCGGUGCACAGCAGGAUGAAAGCGGAUACAAAGUCAACUGUGACACUGUGAAGUCUUUGCCCAGUGUGACCUUUCACCUGGGUGGUCAGGAAUACUCACUCACACAGGAGGAUUACAUCUUAUGGCAAUCACAGAUAGAAGGGGAUGUCUGCAUCGUCACGUUCAGAGGCCUGGACGUGCCGCCCCCUGUAGGCCCCAUCUGGAUCCUGGGGGCCAACUUCAUUGCCCGCUACUACACAGAGUUCGAUCGACGCAAUAACCGGAUAGGCUUUGCCACAGCAGUCUGACAGGAAGUGAAACAAAGGCAACAUCUGUUUUUCUUCUAUAUUUUAUAUCUAUAUUUUUGCUGCUAUCUCCCAAAUGUUUUCUCGGCACUUGUUUGUCCAGUUCUGCCUCACAUUGCAUUGUCGCGAUCAAACGUAAUCGGUUUCACAAAAUGCUAAAGCGUGCACACAACCUAAAGGAACUCGUCCUCACAUUUCUUGCAAACCCCGCUCUCUGUGUUAAAGAAUAUUUUGUACCAGUUGCACUGAACACCUUCUGAAAAAGUUUCUAUUUAUAAGCAUUUAUCAUAAAUGGAGCCCUAGAAAAAAGCAUAUCUGUUAUGUACUGACGUACCAAGAAUAAAGUUUUUUACCGGG